AUGCUGCGCGCUCUUUUGUAUAACCAUACUUUAACUGUCUCGAAUGAGGUGCCAUCUCUACCUCAAUAUCUUGGUAUCAUGUGGGGACUGGAAGAUCUGUUGGAAGCUGUCUCGAGCGGCGAAGAGCCCUAUAUUGAUAUCGGACCAGAUCUCAAAGGUGGGUUCGAAGCUGCCAAAGAAACACUUACCAAAUGGGGGAAUCUAACGCUCGAGAAUGACAUCUACUACGCCGCUCACGUCCUUGAUCCACGAAUUAAACUCACCUUGAUUAAAGAGCAAUACGGCGAUCAAGCUGACGAAGUUAUCGAACGAGUCAAAGCCUACUUCAAACGCCAAUACCCUGCCCAAUCAAGUACCCCCGCAAGCCACAUACAACAACAUAAAAGCGACUUCGAGCGAUAUUUCAACGACCUGGUUAUUACGUCGUACGAGCCCUGUGAAGAUUGGUGUCUACAAUGGUGGAAAGCGAACGAAUUCCAAUAUAAACAAGUGGCAGUUGCGGCCCGAGAUCUGUUGGCAAUACCCUCUGCAGAGGUCGACGUAGAGCGCCUAUUUUCAGAAGGACGAGAUACUCUUGGCAUUCAUCGUAUGGCUUUAGACGUAGAUACUAUAAGAAUGGUGAGGUUGAUGAAGAGCUAUUACGAUCAGAUCGACAAGAAGAAGAGGUUGCUUGCAGAGAAAGAACAAGCCGAACACACUGCAGUCUACGGGGUACGUCUGAAUAGCUUCAUUUCUGGAAGGACUACAUGCUAA